GACAGAACUGAAGGGGAGGAGGGGGGUGGAGGGAACACAGCUGGGGUUUAGGGGGCUACUGAGGCUCUGGAGAUGAAAAAGCCAAAAAUCCUUUCCCAUUCUGAACCCCCACCACUACUGCAGCUGGAGGAGCUUUUCCCAGUCUCUCUGCUCCCCUGGGGCGAGAGAGGUCAAGCCAGCAGUUUGGGUGGGAAAAGAGAACUGGAGGAAGUUGACAGGGAUGGGCGGGGCCCGUGGGGGGGCUGACCAGGAACCCAGCUUCCUGCUCAGUACCCAGGCAUCCAGCCCCCGGCUCGCCCCCACCCCUUUCCGCCCCUACUCCCCUCAGGAACUCAGGGUUCCGGCCCUCCUCCCAAAUCCCAGCUACCCCCUCCCCCAUUGGUUUCUCCCCUCCAGGGUAUGGAGGCUGAGAGACCCCAGGAAGAAGAGGAUGGUGAGCAGGGCCCCCAUCAGGAUGAGCAUGGCUGGCCCCCCGCGAGCUCCAGCAUUCGACCUUGGAGGUCUGCCCCUCCGUCCCCUCCUCCUCCAGGGACUCGCCAUACAGCCCUGGGGCCCCGCUCGGCCUCCCUGCUCUCCCUGCAGACCGAGCUCCUUCUGGACCUGGUGGCGGAGGCCCAGUCCCGCCGCCUAGAGGAGCAGAGAGCCACCUUCCAUCCUCCCAAGAACCCCCCAAGCCUAGGUCGAGCCCUCCCCCGGCCUCUUGAGGACAGAGAACAGCUCUACAGCACUAUCCUCAGUCACCAGUGCCAGCGGAUGGAAGCCCAGCGGUCAGAGCCUCCCCUACCCCCAGGGGGGCAGGAGCUCCUGGAGUUGCUGCUGAGAGUUCAGGGUGGGGGUCGAAUGGAGGAGCAAAGGUCCCGGCCCCCCGCACACACCUGCUGAGACUUGAGCCCCCACCAGCCCCUCUGCAUUCCUGGGGCUCAAAAGCUGGGCAGCUCCACUGCAUGCCCUCACCCCUGCCAGGGAGGGGCACCAGAGACUGGAAGACCCAGCAGAAAUCUCAAUAUUCAUCACCCUCAUCCACCUUUCCUGGGAAGUGGAGCGGGUGAAAGUCUGAAAGCCUGGGAAUAGCCAAGGUAGGAUGGAUAAUAACUCCCUCCAUAACCAAGUGUGUUAUGAGGCUAUGAGAGGAUCCCAGCCUCAGUGGGACACCUCACCCUCUCUUCUGAUCUCAGGGAGUGCCUGAGUCUCCAUCCUGAGCUGUGGGGACACCCCCAGUAGUCAAGCUACCAGGUGGGAUCUCCCCAAAGAACAGCAAAUCUCCCAAGGUUUUGACCUGAGAAUUCCACCCUCCUUCCCAAUAAGGAGAAAGGAAGAGAGGGCACAGCAAAGACAUAAAGACCAUUCUCGCAUCUCCAUCACCGGCACCCCCUAGCCCCAGGACUGAGGGGCCUACAGGCUGUGAAAGGACAUUUAGCCCUGCCCACCCUCCCUCCCCGCUGCUGUUCUGAACUGUCUGAUGUUUGGUUAUAUGAAUAAAUGUGAUUCCCCUCUGGA